GAGGGUGAGGGGUGGUGCGGAAGGAGGCAGUUACCCCCACCGUUGUCUAAUUUUUGCUUCUUUCCUCUUCCGAAAGUUGGGGUGCGCAUUUCGGUCACCGGACGGCGAGGAACCCGGGGAAGCGUUGGGGUGUUGCCAGCUCCGGUGUCCACCCCCCGAUCCGGAGGGGUUCCCCCGCACCGGGAUGAGCUCCCGAGACGCUGCCCCGCUCCCCUCCGGCCUUCCCUCCUCCGAGAAUGCCACCGCCUUCCCACAGAUCGGCAGCAGAAACGAGGAGCGGCCGCCCUGUUGGCUUGUUCAAGCGUCUUGAUGGCCAGCGCAUUCCCCCUCCCCAGGGAGACGUAGCCAUUAACAAGGGAUAAUCCGUUGGGAGUUAUUCCAGUUAUUUAGGUGGAGGGCUCUCUGUUGUCAUUGCUCGCUCUCGCAAUCUCUGCCAGCUUUUUAGAAAAUGACUCAGCUGCAUCUUCAAAGCUCUUGAGACACAGUUUUGUUUCCUCCUUUUCUCUUAGACGAUGGUUUCUUGCAGCCAUUUUACAUCCCGUGAUGCUUUGUAGCGGUGAGAAACUCGCCCUCCUGCCUGGCUGUCCUUCGUGGAACCCGGAGAUGCCCUGAGAAGAGGCCGGAGCGGGAUUUCCAGGCAGCGGAGACUUUGCUGGCCACCUUUUCGGCCUGACGGCGACGUAAUGUCCAUUAAACGGGUCUCCUGCUGUCCGCGCAGCACUGAGGUGGGCCAGAUCAGCUCCAUCGCGUGACCGUAGUCCGGCCACGUCUUCCUCUCUCUGCUGCUCCACAGACAAGGGAAUAAAUGCAGGGGUCAAGCGCGGCUCCAGCUCCGAGCCCUCGGCUCCCAGCGCGUAGUGCCGUGUGUCGCUCCGACUCCCCGAUCCCAGCUGAGCGGGAUGGAGCUGCUGGCUGCCGUCGCCUUCCUGGCCGUGCUUGCGGUGGCACUGGGACACCCCGACCCCGCGCUGGACUGGCACUGGCAGCUCUGGAAGAAAACCUACGGCAAGGAGUACCAGCAUGAGAAAGAGGAAGGGGUCCGGCGCGUGACGUGGGAGAGGAACCUGCGCCUGGUGACGCUGCACAAUCUGGAGCAGUCCCUGGGGCUGCACUCCUACCAGCUGGGCAUGAACCACCUGGCAGACAUGACCCGCGAGGACGUGGCGGCUUUGCUAACUGGGCUGCACGUUGUUCCUCGGCCAAACCGGGUCUCCACGUACCAACCACGGCCUGGCGGCGAAGUCCCAGACACGGUGGACUGGAGGGAGAAGGGAUGCGUCACGGAUGUGAAGAACCAGGGCGCCUGUGGGUCGUGCUGGGCGUUCAGCGCCGUGGGAGCCCUGGAAGCCCAGGUGAAGCUGAAGACGGGGAAGUUGGUGUCCCUGAGCGCCCAGAACCUCAUUGACUGCUCCAUGAUGUACGGGAACAAAGGCUGCAGCGGAGGUUUCAUGACCAACGCUUUCCAGUACAUCAUCGACAAUGAAGGGAUUGACUCGGAUGAGUCCUACCCCUACACGGCACAGAACGGGACGUGUCAAUACAACGCUUCCACGCGAGCCGCCACUUGUUCCAAGUACGUCGAGCUCCCCUACGCCAACGAAACAGCCCUGAAGGAUGCUGUAGCCAACAUUGGACCCGUCUCUGUCGCCAUUGACGCCACCCAGCCCACCUUCUUCUUGUACAGGUCAGGUGUGUACGAUGACCCCCGGUGCACGCAGGAGGUGAAUCACGGAGUCCUCGUCAUCGGCUACGGCACUCUAAAUGAUAAGGAUUACUGGCUGGUGAAAAACAGUUGGGGCGUGAAUUUCGGUGACGGGGGCUACAUCCGCAUGUCGAGGAACCACGCGAACCACUGCGGCAUCGCCAGCUACGCCUCUUACCCCCUGAUAUAGACGGGCCCCGUGCUUCAGAGAGGAGUCCCGAGGCUUCAGCUAACCCACUGAUGCGACGCUUGCGUGGAUCUGCUAACUUCAAGAAUCAUUUCCCGGCUCUGUGGGCACCGUCCUCUUAGAUCGGCCUGUCCUACAGGCUGGGAGGGGGGUCCUUGGCACGGGAGAAUUUUGGAAUAUGAUUUACAGGUACCUAGUGACUUCUUUUGGGGCGGGGGGGGAAAGUUGUUUUUUUUUUUCCCCGGAAUAAAAUGGCGCUACCCACCGUUAUAACGGAGGUCGUGGUUUCCUCUCCCCAGUUUAGCAUUGAGUACCGCUACGGUGGCGCAGGUAUCGUUGUAUCGCGGUGUGACGGGGAUGAAACUGCAGAAUUUCUUUGAAAAAUAAAAGAUGGGUUUCACUGCCCAAAGGU